GCAUCUACUGCCGUGCUAGCGAGCUCAGGCACCAGUCUGGAUGCGCGGAAACUGAAUAGCAAUUUCUUAUUUAGAAAUUCAAUUUAGCAGCUUUUAGCUCAAAAGCAAGACCUCCAGCUGGUUUUCCACUAAAGGCGGACAACGGUUCCCCAAAGGAAGGUUUCCGGGUUUGGACUAUUUCCCUGUCGGUAAUUGGGAUUAGCUAACAUUAGCUAGCUGGCUAACAAGCUAAUAACAACAACAACAACAAGGCAGCGGGCUGUCCGUGUCCAGCUGCAGCCUAAAUAUUCACCACAGUCAUUAGUUUGAUGGCGGAUAAAGGUGAAUGGUUGAUGAAAUAGCUGCAGCUGGGUUCCUGCACUGCUUCCAAUAGUAGAGGUAAACCUGAAUGCACAACAUUAAACAAUAACUGGCUCAAUUCACAGCUCUGUAAUUAUUCAGAAUCAUGACUGAGUCGAGCAGUGAGAUCGAAGUGACAGUGAAGACUCUGGACUCACAGAGCAGGAGCUACACGGUCAGAAGCGAGCUGACUGUGAAGCAGUUUAAGGAGCACAUAGCAUCCUCAGUGGAGAUCCCAGUGGACAAGCAGAGGCUCAUCUAUCAGGGCAGAGUGCUGCAGGAUGACAGGACGCUGACUGAAUACAACGUAGAUGGCAAGGUGAUCCACCUGGUGGAGCGUGCUCCACCUCAGGCCGCCAUGUCCUGCUCUGGGGGUGUGGGUGCUCCCACCAGGGGGGCAGAGGCUGGAACCAGCAGCAGCCACACCACAUCCCAAGGUGCACCACAUGAUCGUAAUGGCAACAGCUACGUAAUGUUGGGGACCUUCAACCUGCCAGUCAACAUCAUGGAUCCACAGCAGAUACAGAUGUCAGUGCAGCAGAUGAUGUCUGGAGUAAGUGAUGCUGGAACCAGUGCGAGGGUCAGCUCUGGCUCGGGGAGCAACAGCUUGGUGGACGUGCAGAUCAACCUGGACCAGUCGAUGCAGAGCGAGCCCAGGAUGAGGCUGCAGCUGGCUGAGAACCUGCUCAGAGAUGCUUGCGCUCUAAUUCAAAGGCUGGAGGGUGUGUCCAGCGACAGCAGCUCCCAUUCAGAGGUAGAGGAACCUCCGUCUUCUUCUUCCCCACCACCAUCCUCCUCCUCUGCUGGAGGAGCUGUAGCAUCGCAACCCAUGGACAUAAGCUCUCCUCCUGCGACAUCAUCUUCCACUUCCACCCAGACUGAGAGACCAGCCAAUGCUGGGCUCAACCACCCAAGUCCAGCUGAGUUUGUGGAGGUCCUCUCUGAGGUCAGGAGGGUGGAGGAGCGGUUACGUCCCUUCAUAGAGAGGACCCACUCGAUCCUCGGAGCUGCCACCUCAGCCGACUACAACAACAAUAUGCAGGAGAGAGAGGAGGACCAGCGCGUUCUCAACCUGGUCGGAGAUGCUGUGCGUCUCCUAGGAAACACUCUGGUCGUCCUUGGCGACCUGCGCUGCAACCUGGCCACUCCUCCCCCGCGUCACCUAUACGUGGUUCGCCCUGUUGCCCACUACACCCACCCGGUCCUGCUUCAGGCUGGUUUGCAGCACAUGCCCAUCCCAAUAAACUUGGGGACGACGGUAACCGUGACGUCUAACGGCAGACAAGCAGCUGAAGGGCAGCGCCAGCCCUCUCAGGGCAUCGGCCAGUCUAACCAGCAGGCUACAGGCCAGGCUCUGCCUCUUCAUUCAAACGGGACCCCUCACCAUCAGGGACAGGGAGCGCCCCGAGUGAUCCGGAUCACACACCAGACCAUGGAGCCUGUAGUCAUGAUGCAGAUGAACAUUAAUGGUGAGUCAGCUGCUGCUUCUCAGGGUCCAGGGCAGCCAAACGUUGCAGGUCCUGGGCAACCAGGAGCAACACCUACUCUCUUCCCAGGACUUCCCCCUGAGUUCAUGCAGGCCAUUGUGCACCAGAUAUCUCACCAAGCUGCUGCCAUGGCUACUGCAGGCCCCCCAGCACAGAUGAUGUCUGGUCCUGACUCGAUGCCCAGUGCUGAGGAAGCUGCUUCCUUACAGGCGCCCCACCCUGCCCAGGGUAGGGUGGUCAUCACCAGACCAUCGUUCUCCCCCCGCAUCCCUCAGCCCAUGGCAACCAGGGGAACAACCAUCAACCUGAGGGCUACGGUGCCCACAGCUGGCCCGCAGCCUGGACAGGGUGUACCGCUGGCUCCCUCCUCGCUGACCCAGAUGAUCAGUGGUCUGGUUGGGCAGCUGCUGAUGCCUGGGCAGCCAGGUGAUCCCUCGUCCUCUUCGGCCCGCCCUCAGCCCUCCUACUCUACCUCCUCUUCAUCCGACUCCUCCAACCUGUCUCCUCCUCCUCCUCCUCCCUCCGCCAACACCUCUGGACAGACGUCAACCCACACCACGACCUCUACCUCCAUCAGCCAGCCAGCAGAGGGCAGUCCGGAGGCAAACGUAGCUCAGUUCUUGGCCUCCCUGCUGGGCGGAGCUGCUGGACCGAGGGGUCCUGAUUCUGGACUGGCUCCCUCCAUCACUGUGACGCUACCGGGGGUGCCGGGCUUCUUCCAGGGCCCGUCAGACUUCACACCUGCCCCUGCUCCCGGCCCUGGUGCCUCAGUCCCGCCUCAGUCCACCGGUCCUGCCCCGCCCCAGCCCGGCAGCAGUCCGGGUGGGAACUCUCUGAGCCCGGAGCUGUUCACCGGCAUCGUGCAGGGAGUGCUGUCCACCAUGAUGAGCGCUCUGGGGGCGCAGCAGGGCAACGGAGAGAGUAUCGCUCAGUUCAUCCAGAGGCUGUCUCAGACCAGCAACCUGUUUGCUCCUGGCUCUGGAGACGCCGUGGGGUUUUUCGGGGACCUGCUGUCCCUGGUGUGUCAGAGCUUCUCCAUGGUGGACAUGGUGCUGCUGCUUCAUGGGAAUGCCCAACCUCUGAGCCGCAUCCAGCCCCAGCUCACUGCUUUCUUCACUGAACACUACCUACAGGGCAGAGAGCCCACUGAUGCCAACAUCGCUACCGCUGCUGAGGAUCUCAUCAACGGACUGGAGGAGUACAUCGCUGAGAGUUUUGCCACAGUGACGGUGCGUGAGGGAGUGGACAUCGUUCAGACCAACCUGUCUUUCCUCAGACAGCAGUUCACUCAGAUGGCCUCACAUAUCCUGCGCUGCAACGACCACACGUUUGGCCCUCGUUUGCUGCUGAUGUGCACUCAGGGCCUGUUUGAGUGUCUGGCCCUGAACCUGCACUGCCUGGGAGGAGAACAGAGAGCUCUGAUCGCUGUCAUCAACCACCGCAUCAGGAGGAUGUCAGCAGAAGUCAAUCCCAGUCUGGUCAACUGGCUGACCAGUAUGAUGUCUACCAGACUGCACGUCAUUCUGGAGCACAACCCAGUGACCGAGGACCAAAUCCAGAACUACAUCAUCUAUACGCAUGGUGAGUCGAACCAGAGGACGGAGGCUGAGGUGCAAUCAGAGAGUCUCAGCGUCCAGAUGGAGGACGGCUCGUCUCCAGCUGCAGCCACCACAGCAGAGGAGGCCAUGGCUUCAUCGGGUGACGCUGGGAGGAGGGCAGCGCCUCCUGGAGACACCACCAUCUCAUCUAGGGACACGCAACGUCCUGCUGGGACCCUGAGAGGACCGGAGGAGGCCGCCCCUGAGAUGGAGCCUUGGGCAGCAGCUGUUCCACCUGAAUGGGUUCCCAUCAUCAGACACGACAUGCUGUCUCAGAGGAAGAUCAAAGCCCAGCCGCCGCUGUCUGAUGCCUACCUGCAUGGGAUGCCGGCCAAGAGGAGGAAGACCAGCCAGUGUGAAGGACCACACCUGUCCCUGUCGGACGCAGUCAGUCGAGCUGCUCGCGCUGCUGGAGUUCUGCCUGUCACCACCCCGAACAGCCUGCAGGGGGAGCUGGAGAGGCCGGACGUGCAGGAAGCGUACACUAAACAGGUAAAGAGCGACAUCAAAGAGCGAGUGAGGGACAAUCCGGACUACAACGCCCAGAGAUUCCCCAACACACACAGAGCUUUCUCUGCAGAAGACUCCUAAUGGCUUGGAGGCCUGUGCCGUGGAGGAGCGGCGCCGGUCCAGAACAGGAAGCACUCUGUAGGAUGGGACUCUGUGGUAACGUCCUGUUGUAAAAACGGCUGAGAGGAUGACAGCUGCUGGCCUCACUGAACGAUUCCUCCUCUCCUGCUUCAGUGUGACAUCACCUGCUGUCAUUAGGGUAGAACGGGGACCUGUGGACUCUCCAUUGCACUUAGUUUAAGGUUCCUUGAUCAUGUUUAAAACAUUUCCUUGCUCUCUGACACAUCUGAGAAGACAUCGAUGGAAUCACUGAAGUGUCAGGGUACCAGGCAUGAGAGCAGAUCUCAAGUCAGCGAGGACAGGCCCACAUGAUGAAACGAUCUGAUCUCAGAAUGAAUCCUCUUAGUUGGGUAGUUCUGAAGCAGUCUGAGUGUCCUAGCUGGAUAUCCUGUGUAGUAUUAAAAGACAUGAUGAUUCAGUCUUGUUUAGAGAGACGAUGAGAGUACAGAUGUGAUGUCACACAAACCAUGUGAUGUUAGACGAAAAGAAAGUAGAAGAAAGAAUAAGAUUCUUAUUAUUGAGAAAAUAAAGUCAUGUUAUGACAGCGGGAGUAUCAGGAGGAAACACCAGAGUUAUCAUGUUGUAAUAUUAUGAGAUAGACUUUAUUUAUUUGUCUUGUAUUAAACUGCAAACACAUAGAACUAGUAGCUGAACAGAACUGUACGACUGUCAGAGAACUUAGGCACAUGUAAUCGACCCGGUGUUUUCACAUGAAGUCUGAUGUUCUAUCACUGUUCCCAUAUUAACGUCUUUUCCUCAUAAAACUAUGAGUUAGUCAA